UGAACGUAACGGCUGUGUUGCUCUGUCGAAUUUGGAGAUUCUGGAGUUUCAGGGAAACCAUCAAACCAAUUCAGCUUCAGCAAUCACCGUAGUAUAUCAGCAUCAACACAGAGAAAGAGUGCACACUGAAAGUGAAACGAAAACUACCAUCUUUAAUUAAUUAAUUAAUUAAUUGAUUAAUCAAUUAAUUAAUUGUUAGAGGUAUGAAAUCCACAUGCUCCAUUUUUCUUUCUCUUUCUGUGUGAAGCCUUCUUCAAGUAAAGUGAAGUAACGGAAAGCCUUUCUCGAUCCAAAUUCUUCAUCCUCUUUCCAUGGAGGACGCAUUUGCCAGAUCUAUUCCCGAGGUCCUUGAUCACUUUGGAGUCGACCCAACUAAAGGUCUAUCAGAUACCCAGGUAGUUCAACAUGGUCGAUUGUAUGGUAUAAACGUGCUGCCUGAAGAUAAAAGAGCUCCGUUUUGGAAAUUGGUUUUGAAGCAAUUUGAUGAUUUGCUUGUGAAGAUACUUAUAGCAGCUGCAGUGAUAUCAUUUAUUCUGGCUUUAGUUAAUGGAGAAACGGGCUUAAUGGCAUUUCUGGAGCCUUCUGUUAUUCUAUUGAUAUUAGCUGCAAAUGCAGCUGUGGGGGUGAUUACGGAAACAAAUGCUGAAAAAGCUCUCGAGGAGCUGCGUGCCUAUCAAGCUGAUGUGGCAACUGUUUUGCGAAAUGGUUGUUUUUCUAUACUUCCAGCCACUGAACUUGUUCCUGGUGAUAUUGUGGAAGUUUCUGGUAAGCUGAUUAUGCAAAUGAAAUGCCUACAAACUAGCUGGUUUGUUUGCAUAAUCCUGGGAACGGUUAUGGUUGCUGGUAGGGCAAGAGCUGUUGUAGUGGGAGUUGGUCCUAACACUGCCAUGGGCAACAUUCGUGAUUCAAUGAUGCACACAGAGGAUGAGGCGACACCAUUGAAAAAGAAGCUGGAUGAGUUUGGUACCUUUUUAGCCAAGGUUAUUGCAGGGAUUUGCGUAUUGGUGUGGAUUGUAAAUAUUGGUCAUUUUCGUGACCCUGCUCAUGGUGGUUUCUUGCGUGGUGCUAUUCAUUAUUUUAAGGUUGCAGCGAUUCCUGAAGGGCUCCCAGCUGUUGUUACAACGUGUUUGGCUCUUGGAACAAAGCGUAUGGCUAGGUUGAAUGCCAUCGUUCGGUCUUUGCCUUCUGUUGAAACCUUGGGUUGCACCACUGUAAUUUGCAGCGACAAAACUGGAACACUAACUACUAAUAUGAUGUCAGUUGCAAAGGUGUGCGUUGUUGAAUCUGCACAACGUAGUCCUGCUGCUACUGAAUACAGUGUCAGUGGGACAACAUAUGCACCUGAAGGCAUAAUUUUUGACAAUACAGGGAUGCAGAUUGACUUUCCAGCUCAAUUGCCGUGUCUUCUUCACAUAGCAAUGUGUUCUGCUCUUUGCAAUGAAUCAACCCUGCAGUAUAAUCCUGAUAAGGGAAAGUAUGAAAAAAUUGGUGAGUCAACUGAAGUGGCACUACGUGUCUUUGCAGAAAAGGUUGGUCUUCCUGGUUUUAAUUCUAUGCCAUCAGCCUUGAACAUGUUGAGUAACCAUGAACGAGCUUCUUAUUGUAACCAUUAUUGGGAGGAACAAUUUAGAAAGAUGGAUGUGCUGGAAUUUUCUCGAGAUCGGAAAAUGAUGAGUGUGCUUUGCAGCAGAAACCAAUUGAAUGUUUUGUUCUCUAAAGGUGCUCCAGAAAGCAUAAUUGCUAGAUGUACAACAAUUCUGUGUAAUGACGAUGGCUCAAUUGUGCCACUUACUGCUGAUAUUCGAGCAGAGCUGGCUUCAAGGUUCCAUAGUUUUGCAGGAAAAGAAACAUUGAGGUGCCUAGCUUUGGCUUUGAAAUGGAUGCCCUCAGGUCAACAGAUGUUGUCCUUUGAUGAUGAGAGAGAUCUUACAUUUAUUGGGUUGGUUGGGAUGCUGGAUCCACCAAGAGAUGAAGUUAGAAAUGCCAUGCUUUCAUGUAUGACUGCUGGCAUACGUGUUAUAGUUGUCACUGGAGAUAACAAGUCCACCGCUGAGUCCCUUUGCCGCAAGAUAGGCGCUUUUGACCAUAUGAUAGAAUUUUCCGAGCGCUCUUAUACUGCUUCUGAGUUUGAAGAACUUCCACCACUGCAACAAACUCUAGCAUUGCAACGCAUGGCACUUUUUACCAGAGUUGAGCCUUCUCAUAAAAGGAUGCUGGUUGAAGCUUUGCAAAAUCAGAAUGAAGUGGUUGCAAUGACGGGUGAUGGAGUCAAUGAUGCACCCGCACUGAAAAAGGCAGAUAUAGGAAUUGCUAUGGGUUCUGGAACAGCUGUUGCCAAGAGUGCAUCAGACAUGGUGCUCGCUGAUGACAACUUUGCUUCGAUUGUUGCGGCUGUAGCAGAGGGUAGAGCUAUAUACAACAAUACAAAACAGUUUAUUAGAUACAUGAUAUCAUCCAAUAUUGGUGAAGUAGUCUGUAUAUUUGUCGCUGCUGUGCUUGGGAUACCUGAUACUCUCGCUCCUGUCCAGCUGCUUUGGGUCAAUUUGGUUACUGAUGGACUGCCUGCAACUGCUAUUGGCUUCAAUAAGCAAGACUCUGAUGUGAUGAAGGCUAAGCCUCGAAAGGUGAAUGAAGCAGUUGUGACAGGUUGGCUCUUCUUCCGUUAUCUAGUAAUUGGAGCUUAUGUUGGCCUUGCAACCGUUGCUGGUUUUAUUUGGUGGUUUGUUUAUGCUGAUAGUGGCCCCAAACUACCAUAUGUUGAACUGAUGAAUUUUGACACUUGCCCAACAAGGGAGACAACUUAUCCAUGCAGUAUAUUUGAUGAUCGACAUCCAUCUACUGUAUCAAUGACUGUGCUUGUCGUUGUUGAGAUGUUCAAUGCUUUAAACAACCUUAGUGAAAAUCAAUCUCUUUUGGUCGUUCCUCCCUGGAGUAACAUGUGGCUUGUUGCUUCUAUAAUCAUAACUAUGCUUCUUCACAUACUAAUUUUAUAUGUUCACCCGCUGUCAGUUCUUUUCUCUGUAACACCAUUAUCCUGGGAUGACUGGAUGGUUGUCUUUUAUCUUUCAAUACCUGUUAUAAUUAUUGAUGAAGUAUUAAAGUUCUUCUCCAGAAAUCCCAUUGGUUUGAGGUUCAGAUUGUGGUUUAGGAGGUCCGACCUACUUCCAAAAAGAGAAGUGCGUGAUAAGUAAGAUGAUGUGCUGUACUAUUCGAUCAAAUCCUUCACUUGCAACGAAUCAGACAUCCACACAGUGGUAUCCUUGGUUGGAUUCAAAUCAUCAAUCUCCAUAUGCAAUGGCAGUCAAGGAGUUUAGGCAAGGUACCUCAAUAGAUAUGCUGUACAAUAUUUGAUUUCUCUGUAAUAUUUAUAUUAUUAUGAAAAUUCCAAAUGUAGUUGGAUAUAGGCCG